UGAGUUCUCUUUUCCCUUAGUUAAGAAAGUAUCAUUCUGUUAUUGCUUUUUAGUUUUAGUCAUAGCUUAAAACCCAUCUAAAUCAUUGGUUGCACUUAGAUUAAGUGAGUACUUGCAUUCUCAGUGCUUUGAUAUCCUUCAGAACUGGUUCGACAAUCUUUUAUACUACAACAUUUGUCUUAGGAGCCUUGAAAACUCCUAACAUCACUACAUAAUAUAAAUAUCGACCAUAAUUUGCGGCUAUUAUCAUUUUUAGUAACAAUAUAUGGAUUAUAUGCUGGGUUAGAAAUAACAUGUGAUGGUAAUUCAAUUAAUUACAUACAUGAGUAUAAUAUUAUUCAUUACAAUAUAGGAAAUUCACAAUUAACCGAUUUAGUUUAGUUUCUCUAAUUAUUUGACAAUUUAUAUGUACCAAAAAUAGACAAUGGCUCAGUUAAACCAAUUCUUUAGAGCACCGGUUAUUAAUUACCAACACAUAUUGAAAUCUUGAUAAUACGUAGCAAUAAAUUGUAUAAGAGUUUCUUUUUGAUGUUUAUGUUAUUCGUAAGUUGUCUAAAAUGAUGUAUUCAUAAUUCCCAUUAGAUGAUGAUUUGGUAAAUACAAAACGACAUAACACAUGAUGAAAUGAUUUCAGAUAUACAGUAUUGUAUUGUGUAUGUCAUAUUUAUAGAUAGAUAUUUUGUAUGUCGUAAUUAAAUAUCAUUGGGUAAAAGUAUCGGUUAUGUUUAUUGAUUUCCGAAUAAUUGGUAAGCAAAAUGAAUUACUGUAACAGAAUAUUCAGAUUUAUAAAUUUAAUAUCUAAUAUAAUUUAUUAAUGGAAAACUAUAUAAGUCCAAAAUUUAAACGACAACCUUUUAUCAUUAGAUAAAAAUAGGAUUCUAAAUUAAUAGAUCUUAAGAGAAGAUCUUACACUUUAGAGUUUAUAAGUGUUUCCUGUGUAUUAAUAAUAUGUUAAGGCAUAUAAAUAAUUUACUUGUCACAAAUGUUUUUUUGUUUGUUUGUUCAUUUGAGAUUUGGUUCCUCCAUUCGUUUUACCAAAAAAUUCAUAAUAUUGAUGAGGAUUCAUCCUGCCUAAUAGGUAAGUUUAAGGUUUGGUAUAAUCAAAAUCUACAAUGCUUACUUAAUUAUCAAUGGGAGAUAAGAGACUUGUGGUUCAAGUUUAGAUGAGGAAGUGGCAGGAGGUCCCUUCAAUCAUUAAAAAGGCAUGGGAAGGAUAGAGACUGUACCAACAAAAAAAAAGACAAGAAACGUCACCAUCACCUUCAACCACACAUUUAUCAUCACAUUUAUAAAAGAAGUACAAGAACCUUCUACCAUAAUCAGAAGUAGUGUUUUUAAGUCACACUUGAACCCUUUGAUAGCUCUUAAUAAUAACUGCAAACUACUACUUAAAAAUCUCUACGAAAAUUUUCUGAGCUCUGGGUUUGAAGAUGAAGCUAAGGACAUUAUUUUUCACUUGCUUACUACUGUUGUCACUCAUGUUACUAUCAUUAUUCAUCAUCUUCAACCACCAGCUUCUUGAUGCUAUGACCAUCAACGUUCCAAAGGAUUCCCAAAAACCAAGGGAGGAUAAACUGUUAAGAGGACUGCUUAGUGAAGAGUUUAAUGAAGGUUCGUGUUUGAGUAGGUGCCAGUCUUCAUUGUACCGCAAGCCAUCACGGUACGAGCCUUCUCAAUAUCUUGUCUCCAAGCUAAGAAGCUAUGAGAUGCUUCACAAGCGUUGCGGUCCAGGCACAGAAGCCUACAAGAGAGCAACAGAGCAGCUUGGUCAUGACAGUAGAUCUGUUGGUGAAUGCAGAUACAUUGUGUGGAUUGCUGUUUCCGGGCUUGGAAACAGAAUAAUAUCUCUAGUUUCUGCAUUCCUCUAUGCUCUCUUGACAGAGAGAGUCCUUCUCGUUGACCAACGCAGCACAGACAUAACACAUCUCUUCUGUGAGCCUUUUCCGGGUACUUCCUGGUCACUCCCUCUUGAUUUUCCUUUGAUGGGUCAGUUAGAUAGUUCACGUUGUUACAGAGCCAUUAACUGGACUAGAAACAUCCCGUCCCACCUCUCUCUAUAUUUUAUGCACGAUUAUGAGGAUCAUGAUAAGAUGUUCUUCUGUGAAAGAGAUCAAAAUCUCAUCAGACAAGUCCCUUGGGUUGUCUUCAACUCAAACAAAUACUUUGCUCCAUCUCUCUGGUUGAUCCCUAGCUUCCAAACCGAACUCAUCAAGCUGUUCCCAGAGAAAGACACCGUCUUCCACCAUUUAGGUCGCUAUCUUCUCCACCCGACAAACCAAGUUUGGGGUUUGAUCACUAGGUUCUACAAUGCCUACUUAUCAAGAGCAGACGAGACACUCGGUGUUCAAGUACGAGUUUUUAGCAACCCCGACGGAUACUUGGAGCAUGUCAUGAACCAGAUCCUAUCAUGCACACAACGAGAGAAACUAUUACCUGAGCUGACUACACUUGAAUCACAAGUCACUAAUAAAUCAACAAGCCCGAAGCUCAAAGCUGUUCUUGUCACGUCACUUUACCCGGAGUACUCGGAGAAGCUAAGGGCAAUGUACUGGGAAAGCCCGAGUUCGACAGGAGACAUGGUACAAGUUUACCAACCUAGCCAAGAGAUGUUUCAGCAGACAGACGAGAAGCUUCACGACCAAAAGGCACUCGCUGAGAUGUACCUGUUAAGCCUAACUGAUAAACUUGUCACAAGCGGCCUGUCUACGUUCGGAUACGUUGCUCAAGGUCUCGGAGGAUUAAAAGCAUGGAUGCUCUACAGUCCAACGAACCACUCAACUCCCGACCCACCAUGCUUUAAAGCCGUGUCGAUGGAGCCAUGUUUCCAUAGACCUCCGCUCUAUGGUUCUCAAGCUAAGGCAGUGAAUAGCACCCGUUUUGUUAGGCGUUGUGAGGAGUGGACCACGGGGAUUAAGAUAGUUGAUUCCGCACAUGUGUUUUGAUUGUAAGCUCUCAUUUUGUUACACGUUCAUUAUUGUUGCCUAAAAUAUGAAAAUAAUCACCAAAGAUUGUUAACCUUCAUUGUCAGGUUUGUCUUGUUACAAGAAGUUGAAAUUUUCGGUUAGUAAAAAUAUUUAAUCGAUUUUGAUAUACAUUAUUAAGUUAAAAUGUUGUAUCUAUAUUAUUCAAACUGAAGUAUUUUUCGGUUAGUAACAAUGAUUACAAUUAAUUAUAACUAACAUUUAAGUAUGAAUAUUAGUUGAAUAAAUAUCAAAUAUAGAAAUAAGUGAAUAUCUGAUUAGAAAUUAGUGAAUAUUUCAUUUAAAAUUUUAUUCACUAAAGCAGUAAAAUUUUGUUUUAUUAUAUAUAAUUAAAAUUAUGUUUGAUUAGUUAAAACUAAAAAUAAUUAUUUAUAUUAGAAAAUUUACCAUAUAUGAAAUUUUUAACAACCAAUCAAAUUAUUAAUUAAUUUUAAAAAGAAUAUUUAUUGACUUGUGUGCGGCGGAAUUUUCAAAAUCCGCUGGUUAAAUGAUAGCAACUGCGGUUCAAGGUAAAAGGUGUGGUUUUGUUCAAAAUACAGAACAAAAAAAAAAAAUUAACUGUAGACAAGUGCGUUAUCUAUAUUAUUAAAACUGAAGUACAUUUUGGUACUGUUUGGAAACUUAAAUAAUAGAUUAAAUGAAAGUUGUUUGGAAAUGAGGAUAGCAGAUUAAAUAUUUUUUUAUUUACAUAUUUAGUCACUGUAUUUCUUUUUCAUUUACAAAUUCUGUCGUUUGGAAACUUGUAUAGCAGAUAGCAGAUUAAAUAUUUUUUUUUUAUUUACACAUUUAGUCAUUACAUUUCUUUCUUAUUUACAAAUCUGCCACUUCACUUAAAAUCAAAAAUUUAAAUUAAUUAAUUACAAUGAAUUGUUAUUUCUUUUUGCUGAAAAUAAAAACACAAACUGUAAUAUAUAAUAUAUAUUAAUCUGC